AUGAAGAGUCAUGAGUGUCAUGUCUUUAAGCAACGACUACUUCCCUUUGCUUUUGCGGAGUUACUUCCUACAAACGUAUAUGAAGCACUUGCAGGCAUUGGAGCAUUUUUCAGGGAUCUGAGCACCCGCACCCUUAAAGUAGAAGUCGUGGAACAGCUUCAAGAGAACAUUCCCAUCUUAUUGUGCAACUUGGAGAAGAUAUUUCCUCCUGGGUUUUUUGACGUAAUGGAGCAUCUAGCUGUCCACCUUCCAUAUGAGGCAUUGCUUCGUGGACCUGUACAUUACGGAUGGAUGUAUCAGUAUGAGCGAGCCAUGAAAUAUUUGAAGGGAAAAGCAAAGAACCUUGCAAAGGUUGAAGGUUCUAUAAUUGCUGGAAGUUUGACGGAAGAAACUUCUCACUUCACAUCGUACUACUUUGCGUCAAAAGUACGUACUCGGAAAAGAGCUCCAAGGAGAUAUGAUGAUGGUGGUGUCGCGCCAACAUACGCAGUUGCUGGUGUUCCAGACAUCUUUAGCCAGAUUGGACGACUGGGUGGGAAAUCAAAAGAGGUUUGGUGGUCGAGUGAAGAAGACGCUCAUAGUGCACACACCUAUAUUCUACUUAAUUGUAAGGAUCCAUUGAUUCGUUAUUUUGAAAGCCUAUUUGUUUCACAAGUCGAAGAAACAUUCCCUGGUAUAUCCACAACUGACGUAGACAAAAGGAAAGAUCAACACUGGUUGAAGAGUCAGGUUGAUUUUGACGACGAUGCAGAUUAUCCUAAGUGGUUACAUGAAGUAAUUCAAUCUCCACAUGUAAAGGUCACCACUUCACAGAUGUAUUUCACACGAGGCUAUACUUUUCACACAUAUGAGUAUGGUAGACAGCGGGCGACCAGUAACUAUGGAAUAUGUGUGAAAGGGGAAACCGAUUUCUACGGUAUCUUGACAGAGAUUAUCGAAGUGGAAUUUCCAGGGAUAUUGAAGCUGAAAUGCGUCCUCUUCAAAUGUGAGUGGUUCGACCCCGUCGUCAACAGAGGUGUUCGGUUUAACAAAUUCGGUGUAGUUGAUGUCAAUGGUGGACGAAGGUACAACAAAUUCGAGCCUUUCAUCUUAGCUUCACAAGCAGAUCAAGUUAGCUACCUUCCAUACCUUCGGAUGAGAGAAUCGGGAAUAAAUUGGUUAUCCGUGAUCAAAGUUACACCUCGAGGACGAAUCAUUAGUGGAGAAGAACCACCAUUGCAAGAAGAACAGAUAAAUGAAGUUGAGGAACCUGAACAACAAAUUGAUGACAUUCUUCUCAUUGAUCCGCAUAAUCAUGAGUAUGAAGAUCUUACCGACGAUGGCACAGACGAAGCUGUUGAAGACGAGUUUAAUGAAAAUGAUGAUGUUUCUAGUGAUGACGAAAAUGUAUCCGAUUGAUGUAUUUGUGUUUUAAUAUGAUUGAUUUUCAGACUUAAUGCAUGUGAUUCGAUUAUAAAGAAAAAAAAUAUUGAGUUU